AUGAAUGAAGAAAUACAGGAAUUAAAUAUACUUAUAAAAACAUUGCCAGUUUCUACUGCAGAAUGCGAACGGGGAUUCAGUUUAAUGAAUAUAAUAUGCUCUGAUCUAAGAUCUAAAUUGACAAUAAAAAAUAUAGCAAAUCUUAUGUUUAUAAAUAUAAAUGGGCCACCUCUUAGUAUAUGGAACCCAACCAAAUAUGUUGGAAGCUGGCUGUUGCAGCACAGAUCAGCCGAUGAUAACCGUUCAAGGAAAGUGGAGCCAUUAGAAGAACAAACAGACAAAAAAUCACUGUGGAAAAUUUUAUAA